AGUAAAGAAACGUCUGAAGUAGAGAGGGGAAGCCUCCUCUCUAUGAAUUGACAGGUAAACCUUGGUUCUGCUCCUCCGGAACUCCUCACCCACGUCAGGCGCCUCUGAAGAAGAGAAAGAGGUCCAGUCAGUCCAGUGAGAGAAUGGCCGAGACGGUGCUGGUCACGGGUGGAGGAGGCUACGUUGGGAGUCACUGCGUGUUGGAGCUCAUUGAAGCAGGUUACCAGCCGGUCGUGGUAGAUAACUUCAGCAACGCCGUAAGAGGAGAGGGGGAUGUGCCAGAGAGCAUACGGAGGAUAGAGAAGCUCCUGGACACCAGCAUCGAGUUUCAUGAAUUAGAUCUUUUGGACAAAGCUGGCUUGGAAAAACUCUUCAAAAAGCAUUCUUUCAGUGCGGUGAUGCACUUUGCAGGACUGAAGGCUGUUGGGGAGUCAGUGGAGCAGCCAUUGCGCUACUACAGAGUCAACCUCACCGCCUCCAUAAACCUGCUGGAGGUGAUGCAGGCUCACCGGGUGCACAAUCUGGUCUUCAGCAGCUCGGCCACGGUGUACGGAGACCCUCAGCGCCUUCCCAUCGACGAGCAGCACCCCGUGGGCGGCUGCACCAACCCCUACGGCCAGACCAAGUACUUCAUCGAGGAGAUGGUCAAAGACCACUGUAAAGCCGAGAAGGAGUGGAACGCAGUGCUUCUGCGUUAUUUCAACCCCAUUGGAGCUCAUUCCUGUGGCCAGAUAGGAGAGGACCCUCAGGGUAUCCCCAACAACCUGCUGCCAUAUGUUGCCCAGGUUGCCAUUGGCAGGAGGAAGUUCCUCAAUGUAUUUGGGAAUGAUUAUGACACACUUGAUGGGACAGGUGUACGAGAUUAUAUCCACGUCGUAGAUCUGGCAAAGGGACACAUAGCGGCUCUGAAGAAGCUCAAAGACAACUGUGGCUGCAAGGUGUACAACCUGGGAACGGGUACAGGGUACUCUGUGCUCCAGAUGGUGAAAGCCAUGGAAAAGGCAUCAGGGAGAGAGAUCGCGUACAAAAUCGCCCCUCGCCGCGGAGGAGACAUAGCGUCCUGCUACGCUGACCCUUGUCUAGCUGAGAAGGAGCUGGGCUGGAAGGCCCAAUUUGACCUGGAAAGAAUGUGUGAGGACCUGUGGCGCUGGCAGUCCACGAAUCCCACUGGAUUUUCCAGUGGCACAGAAUCCUGAUGCAACUCCACGUUAUUGUUAAGUCUUCCGAAUCACCGGGACGAAGCCAAUCAUCAACAUCCUCAUUUUUGUCCAUAUAAUAUAAACACCAUAAUUGGGCUUCAUGCUUUAUAUUUUGUGAUGUCUCUUGUAUGAUUAUAAUCUUAUUUACUGUUUAAACUUGAAGAAAAUGAUCUGAUUGAUAUAUUGGUAUUGAUAACAAUGGACAUGUUCUCUAUGGGUCAUAUAUAGGAGAAUAAAUACAUUUUCUUACUGAAGCAA